CAGUUGUUUUGUAAACACCGGUCGUGUUGGUUGAAUGAUAAAACGAGAAAUAGAAUUCGUGCGAUUCAGUGGUGCUUAAAAUUUAGUUUCAUUUGAAUUAUACUUGAGAUGGAGUGAUUGUUGAAAAUACUUCACUACCUACAACAACAAGACUCACGAACGAAAAACGUGCGCGUCUUAAGCAACAACUACAAACUCAUGUAUGAAGAAAAAAUAGUUUUAAUAAGAAUUUCAAUUUGUUUUGUAUAGAUGUUGUAGUUAAAAUAAGAAUUGUAAGCAUUUAGAAAAAAAUGCACUUUUACUCCAAUUUUAAAUAAAAAAGCAAAUUGAAUUGAUGAAAACUGCAUGCGGUGUAGAGUUCAUUUAAGUGCAUGCACAAGCAAUUUUUUUAGUUUGAUUUUAAUUAAAUAAAAUACAAAAUAAUAAUAUUUUAUUACAAUUACAACUAUACAAGUGUAUGAGUGGAUAACAAAGUAAAAAAAAAACAAAAAAGGAAAAUAUUAAUAAAAUUUAAUAAAAAAUUAUUAAAUUAAUGUGCUUUACAACAAAACAAAAAACGAGAAAAAAAUUACAAUAAUAAAUAACGAAACAAACAAAUAAACAAAAAAAGUCUAGUGGAAUAAAAAGUGAUUCAUCAUUGAUAUUUCAUGAACAAAAAACAAACAAAGGAAAGAAAAUUAAACUCAGUUGAAUUUAACUGAACAAAAUAAUAAAAAAAAGUAAUAAUAUUAAAUAACAAGAAGAAGAAUUCGAAUUCCAAACAGAAUCUGAAACAGAGCUAAGAAAGAAAACAAAACAAGCGCAAAGAGUAGAAGGUAAACAAAUAAAAAGUGUAAUAAAAUACAUUAAGAAAAGUGUAGAAUUAUCAAGUGUAACAACUGAAACAAAGUGAACAAAAUAACAAAAUAAUUUUAUUAAAAAUAAAAAAAACAACAUUUUGCUGUGGAUUAAAUUACAUUAAAAAAUAAGAAGUAAAAACCCGCAACAAACCUUUAGAAUCAAACAAAUUCAAUCUACUCCUGGUUAUUUGAUAGUGACUGUUGGUGUCGUGUCCAACGUGUGUAUUGGAUUAUAAUUUUGGAUAUCAACGUAAAAUAAUACUUAAAGCUAAAUAUACUCCAACAUAUUUAAGUUUUAUUGUAUGUUGCAACAUAUGGUUAGACAUGAAUAUGAUGCCCCAACGUUUGGCAACAGUAUAAAUUUUUGUUUUUUUCAACAUUAUAGAAAAUUUCCCACAAAGUUUUCAAUUUCGUUCAGGAUAAAAUUUUCAUUUACAACUUGCCACAUUUAGGUCUUCCUCCACAUUCACCGAGAAAAUCCCAUAAAAAAACGUAAAAAGGAACAAGAACACAAAUAGUAACAUCAACAACAAAAACAGCAAAUAAUGUGUUUAAUUGAAUUAAGUAUCUCUAGAGGAAAUGAGUGCAAAUAUAAAAUAUACUACUCCAGCAAUAAGAACAACAACUACUAAGACAAGUGUUAAUGUAUUCGUGAGUGUAUGUGUUGAAUAUUAUAACAAUGAUAUUAUGCUAAUUACCAGCUGUAAAUCCACAAACAAAUGCUGACAUUUAAAGGAGUGUCAACAACACCAACACCAAGCUCAAAAAAUAAAGCAACGCAACCAGAAACAGCAAAAAGGGAGCAUCAAGCAGACGUACAAGGACAUUAAUUAAUAACAAGUAAACGACACGAAUCCCAACACUACAACAUCCAGUCAACCAACGUCGAAAAAAAAACAUUAACAUCAUCAUUGUUAAAGACAACAACGUUGACGUUGUCGUCGACAUCGACUUCGACAACCUCAUCACCCAGUGGAGUACAUAGUUGGUUUUGCUUUAUAACCAUUGAACAUUCCACAGGAAUUAACAAGUUGGGUAGGAAUUCAACAAGAACAUAAAACAAACGAAAAAAAGAGUAAAAUAGUAAAAGAACAACACGUACACAACCACCCAGUACGUUGGCCCAAAUUAAGGCCAUUUUACAGACAGCAGAGUGCGUGUGUAGGUUUAUGUAACAAAAGGCUACAACUACAAGAACAAAAUUCAAAAUAUAAAAAAGCAAUUAAUGUCUGCCUAAACAAUUUCAAUUAAACAACAACUUAAUUGCAAUCACUCAACAACACUACGCACUCGAAAUAAUCACUUUCAUCGUAAACAACGUCAUCAUUUAGAAACUGGCCCCAAUCACAACGCCCCAGUACACUCAAAAUCCAUUAUGAUUCCAACAGAAAACAACAGAUUUUCCUCCCCCCUUCACAGUAAAAAAACCAACAAAAUGACAACACAUUGCCUGCGCGACUGGUUAACAAAAGUUAUCUUUGCCACAAGUCUUCUCCUGCUUCUCAAUGUUCAGACAACAGCUGGUAAUUCUGAUUGGAUGCAGAGUUGCAGCAUGUGCCAUUGCCACUGGAAUUCAGGCAAAAAGACAGCCGACUGCAAGAGCAGACAAAUCUCCACCAUUCCCAAUGACUUGAGCAAUGAAUUGCAGGUAAUCGAUCUGUCGAACAACAUGAUACCCGAAUUAAGAAGAGAGGAAUUUAUGGAAGCGAGUCUUCAAAAUCUACAUAAGAUUUUCUUAAGAAAUUGUACUAUACAGGAGCUUAAUCGUGAUGCCCUAAAGGGACUGGCCAUUCUUAUUGAAUUGGAUUUAUCACAUAAUUUCAUCAAAGAACUACAUGUAGGGACUUUUAAUGGUCUGGUAAAACUGCGUAAUCUGGUGAUGAAUAACAAUCAAAUCGAAGUACUGGAAAAUCAUUUAUUUGCUGAUUUACAUUUUUUAUCGCGAGUAGAAUUUAAGAACAACAAGCUGAAACGUAUUGAUAUACAUGCAUUUGGUCAACUACCAGUACUAUCAGCGGUAUAUUUGGAAUCAAAUAAUCUAACCGUAUUGAGAAGGGAGACCUUUCAGCGCACUCCUAAAUUGGUACAUUUAUCGCUUGCCUCAAACCCUUGGAAUUGCACAUGCGAAUUGCAAGAAUUUCGUGAUUUUGCCAUUGCUCAUCGUCUCUAUACCCCACCUACAGAUUGCAAUGAACCCAAACAUUUAAAGGGCAAAUUAUGGAAUGAAAUACCUUCAGAAAACUUUGCUUGCAUGCCCAGAAUUUUAGGUUCCGUUAGAUCCUAUGUCGAGGCUCAGUCGGACAACAUAACGCUGCCCUGCCGCAUAGAAGGUUCACCCCGGCCCAAUGUAACCUGGCUAUACAAUAAACGUCCCAUAAAUCCCAACGAUCCUCGAUUUCGAAUACUCAAUUCCGUAGAACAACAACGCAGCGAAAGCACCAAUAUGCUCAACUCAGAAUUGCGUAUCUUUGGCGUACGUUCCACAGACAAAGGUUCCUACACCUGUAUAGCCGACAAUCGUGGUGGCAAGGCCGAAGCUGAAUUCCUGCUACUCAUCAAUGGCGAUAACUACAGUGCUCUAGAUGGCACCGGGGGUGCUACCACCUUUGGCGGUAUGGGCACCACCACCUCCGACAGAGAGACAAAUAUAUUACUCAUCAUUUGCCUCAUUGUUACCACCCUUUUGUUGUUGCUCAUCGUUGUUGUCCUUGUUAUUUGCUGGUAUUGUCGUCGCAUUAAAACGUAUCAGAAGGAUAGUACAAUGCUAAGUGAAAACGGUUUAAUCUCCUCAAAAUUGGACAAAACUCAUAAUGGUUCGAUGCUAGAAGGUUCCGUCAUCAUGGAGAUGCAAAAAAGCCUAUUGACAGAAGUUAAUCCCGUUGAAAAGCCGCCACGUCGUACCGAAUUGGAAAGUAUUGAUGGUGUUGGCAGUAGCGGCGAUGAUGGGCACGAGAUUAAAAAGACUUUGUUGGAUGAAACACAAUUUGGCAAUCACCACCCACGAGACGAUGAAACACAUUCUGUGGCCAUGUCAGAUACAACAACACCACGUACACGUCACACAUAUAUUGAUGAUACGUAUGGCACAAGUUUGCCACCCGAUUUAUUAGCAUUUCCUGCUCGUGUACCACCUACUUCACCAUCGAUGCAAUCGUCACAGUCAAACAUACCCGAUCAGGUAAUUUAUGGCAUACGCUCGCCACCACUCACCAGUCCGGUGUAUGCUCACAUGACACCCCACGGCAUUUAUGGUACAACCACUAUUGCGGCAGCUACACCAAAUGGAUUUAUGACAUUGCAACAUCCAAAAUCACGUAAUUUAGCACUUAUUGCCGCUGCGAAUAGCAGACAGCAGCAAUCACCAUUUGUGCCAGCACCAGUUGUAUACUCGCCUGCAGCAACGGCUUCGGUUGUUAUGAAACAGGGUUACAUGACAAUUCCACGUAAACCGCGAGUGCCUAGUUGGGCCCCUUCAUCCUCCAAUACGCACUCGACACAGUUGAGUGAGUUUCAAUCACCCACCUCCCCCAAUCCAAGUGAAUCGGGUACGGCAACUACGGCCGAACUAACGGUUGAGCCUGUUUAUGAUAAUUUGGGAUUGCGAACAACCGCUGGCGGUAGCUCGACUCUAAAUUUGAAUAAGAGUCAUUUGCAAGAACCACCAGUACGUUACACUAUGCGUGAUCGUCCGCUGCCGGCUACACCCAGUCUCACAUCGGUCAAUUCAAAUCAAGCCCAACAGCAGCAACAACAACAACAACAGCAGCAGCAACAUUCAAUGUACCAGCAGCAACAACAACCUCAGCAACAGCAUUCAACCAACAACAUGUCGAACAAUGCGAAUAAAAUCUACGAACCCCUACACGAGCUGGUAAAUCAACUACAUCAGUCAACGACAUCCGAUACAGAGCCAUUAUAUGGCACGGCAAGACAUCAUUCUGGCCUAACCAUUGUGCCCAGCAACAACAAUGCAAGUGUUAACAACAACACCUCUUCCUCCGUUACCAACUCUCCAUCGAACAGUGGCAACAGCAGUACAGAACCCAAGCUGACGAAAAUACCUCCACGACCACCACCGAAACCCAAAAAGAAAAUGUCCGUCACGACAACACGCAGUGGCCACGGCAGCACAAGUCAACUGUUUGACGACGAAGGUGAAGAUGGCACCGAAGUUUAGUUGAUAAUACAUAACACAGGUGAUGCUGUUGGUGGUGGUGGUGGUAAUGUCUGCAGUGUAUCUAAUGGUUGCUUCAUUGUUGUCACCUCCUCUGCACCAUCUUCUUGUUAGCUUGUAAAAACAAAAUGCCUUCCUUUCCAAAUCAAAUGUAACGAUAAAAAAACCCAAACAAGAAAACAGCUAAAAAAAACAUGUUAAAUGACUUUAAAAAUAAGAAACAACAUCAUCAUCAGUUAGUUGUUUUUCUUCCCAGCAUGAAUUUAGUUUUUCAUUUCGGCACGAUAGGAUUUUUUUCUUAUUUAGUUUUCCAAAGAAGUGCACUUUAUUAACUCACCGCAACAACGUCGACUGAUUGACUGCAUUUUACAGCAGUAGUAGUACGGCAAUCAUUAGAAAAUGUUUGACAACCAACCAUCUCAGCAACAAACAUUAUUCUUCGUAACUAAGCCACCAACCAACCACACCACCAACACACCCAUCAAUACAACGACCUCCACAGUUUAACUUCUUCAUACAUGAAUCACAUUAAAAAAAAAAACAUUUUAUAAUAGAGUAUACCUGCAAUAUAAUUCGCUUUUUUAUGAACAGAACUGAAAUUAUUUGGAUUUUUUUUGUAUUUUUGUUGAUUCGAUUUCCCUUUCCUCUUCUACCGCAAGAGUGUUCAGGCUGCUGUGUUAUUCUAUUUGAAUAUUCCAAUCAAUUGGCAAUUUAAUACACUCUAUGUAUUUCAGCCAUAUAAAAGUAUUUUGUUGUUGUUGUUUAUUCUGCUGUUUUGUAAUUUGAUUGAGAGUGGAAAAUCAAAAUAGGAAAACUCACUGUAGUAAAGGGAAAAACCUCACUGUUAUUUUUUUUUUUUUUUUUUGUUUUUCUUGUUUCUUUUGUUUUUCGUACUGUGUCGCUGUGUUUCGACGUUAUGUUAGUAUUUGUGUGCGAGUUAGUUGUGUUGGAAAAUAUUGAAUUUUUCCUCUUAUAUUUUUCAUAUAUUUUAUCAUUAAUAAAUUUGUUUCUUUUUUUUACAAAUUUAAUUUUUUUUAUAAAGUCCUUUCGUUGAAAUCGGUUAUAGGGUUUCUGGGAAGUUGUUUAGAAUAAUAUAAACAAUUUUGGGCAAAACUUUUAAUAUUUUUGAAAAUUAAAUUUUUAAAUUAAUGCUAAAAGUCACUGUAUUAUGAAUGAUGAAGCAGAAUACGACAUAAGGUAAAGGUAAUAGUGAAAAAAUGUCAAUAAUUAAUUCGCCUUGAACUUUAUUCAUGCACAAGGCGAAUCUAUAACUAGUGACCUUAGUGGCGAAUUAGGGCUAAAAAGAACUAGUUCUUCUUUUUCUUUAUAUGAAGUUUUUGUGAGAUAAUUUUAUUAAAUUAUGAAAAAAUGUCAAUAAUUAAUUCGCCUUGAACUUUAUUCAUGCACAAGGCGAAUCUAUAACUAGUGACCUUAGUGGCGAAUUAGGGCUAAAAAGAACUAGUUCUUCUUUUUCUUUAUAUGAAGUUUUUGUGAGAUAAUUUUAUUAAAGUAUGGAU